AUGAUCCGCCUCACUCUCGCCGCUCUCCUCACUCUCGCCCUCACGGCAACAGCGCAAAUCACGCCCAACAACGCCGGGGCGCGCAACGUCGGCUCGGGCAACGGCUCGCAGUUCAUCACGGGCGGAUGCGUCAACGACGCCGACUGCGGGUCGGGCUGCUGCGCUGACGCGAGCGGCGUGGGCGUGUGCUCGGCCGAGGCGGCCCAGUUCCAGAACGGCAAGAACGGGUGCGGCUUUGUGGAUCCGAACGCUGCUGCGACGAUUGCGGCCGCGCAGGCGCAGGUUGAGAGGCAGGGUUUCUGA